AUGGCUCGCAUAGUAUUGUUGAUCUCUGCAGCCAUUGUUCUCUUGAUGAGUUUAGACAUCUCUGAAAGCACGUCCCCUCCUCCUAGGGUACAAGCUACUCCACCGUUUCCUACCAUUGGCGGUGGUGGUGGAGGUGAAGGUGGUGGAGGCGGCAUCAGUGCAGGUCCAGGCAGUGAAGGCUCUGGUUUUGGUUCCGGCACAGGGUCCGGCCGUGGAAGUGGUGGCGGUGGUGGAGGGGGUGGGGAAGGCGGUGGCAGUGGCAGGGAUGGCGGUAGUGGCUUUGGAUAUGGAAGUGGCAGCGGGUAUGGCGGUGGUGUUGGCAGUGCUGGAGGAUUUGAUGCUUUCCCGGGGAUCCAUUAA